AUGGUCGGACAAUUCAUUGACACUGUUUGGCGGAAAUCAUUUAUCGGCGAUUUACGCCGGGCAAUGAGUACUUCACACGAUGACAGUCAAUGGGCAAUUGUACGUAAUGGCAAGACGUAUCAAUUUCAAUUCGUUUGGGUACAAGGUUUGUGUACUAAGAUCAAUACUCUAAUCGAAGAUGCCACAGGUCAAGCGGAACUGAAAAUCACAACGCGUGUGAAAGAUGCAUGGUCAACAGUCGAAGGUGACUAUGUUAUGGCAGUUGGAAAAUUAGUUAGUGCAACGUCGUCAGAUCGUCUUAUUAUUGAUUUAUACAAAUUACAAUGUUUUAAAACUGUAACAAAAACUGAACUUCAAUGGCCAUUUGAAAUUGUCGAUAUCACCCGACGCGUUUAUCAUUAA